AUGAAUAAUCCUAAUACACCAACCGAAGAAACCGCUUUACUGAGGUCAGGAACAGAGGCCCAGGAUGAUGGCGAAAAUCUUCCAAACAAGUGGGCCAUUCUGCCGGCGUUGUGGAUCGGUGGCUUCUUGUCGGCCUUGGACAUGACCAUUGUUGCCAGUUUGUAUCCAGUUAUUGGUAGUGAAUUCAAAUUGAUGAAUAAUGCUUCUUACAUUGCUACUUCCUACUUAAUUACGAACACCGCUUUCCAGCCUUUAUAUGGACGACUGAGUGAUAUCUUUGGUCGCCGCGCUGCAAUUGUCUUUGCAAACAUUACCUUUACUAUCGGAACCUUUUUGUGCGGCUCAUCUCGUAGCCUGGCUGGGCUUUGCAUUGCUCGUGCAAUUGCGGGAAUAGGUGGAGGCGGUCUCGGAACCAUGUCUUCCAUUAUUUCUAGUGACAUUGUUUCCCUUCGUGAACGAGGCACUUGGCAGGGAAUCACCAACAUUGUUUGGGGAAUUGGGGGUAGCUUAGGGGGACCACUCGGUGGCCUCAUUGCUCAGCGAUGGGGUUGGAGAGUUGCGUUUUAUUUUCAAAUUCCGCUUGGUAUAAUCUCGACGAUUGUGGUUGCUUGGCGGGUUCGUAUUAAACCAGCUGUACGAGGUUCGAAUGCCCCAUUGUUGUCGCGAAUUGAUUACCUAGGGAGCUUUCUGCUUGUUGCUGGAAUUAGUUUGCUAAUUGUGACCUUCAAUUGGGCUGGAGAUGCAUACUCCUGGUUGUCUCCAAUUAUUCUUGGGUUGUUAAUCUCAUCUGCGUUACUCCUUUAUGCGUUUUAUUGGGUUGAGAAAAACGUUGCGCUAGAACCGAUUGCUCCCGUCUUUAUUUUGAAACAAAUUACUCCUUUAAGUGUUUGUCUUUGUAAUUUCUUUAAUGCGUUUUGUGGUUUUGUUGUCCUUUAUGAACUCCCUUUGUUUUUUGAAGCUGUAUUGUUUAUGCCAUCCUCUGAGGCAGGCGUCCGCAUCUUUCCUUAUGUUAUCUUUACUUCGUUGGGUUCUGUGGUAGGAGGUCUUUAUAUGAAGAAAACAGGUAGAUAUCGCCCUUUAAUUUUAUUUGGGUAUUUUGCCAUGUGGACGAGCAUUGUUGCUUUUAGCGUGCUUUCUUCGUUUGGUCAACGCAUUCCUUUGGUUUUCGUAACUUUGUUUUUGAGUCUCUCGGGAACUGCUUAUGGUAUGAACUUGACUGCAACUCUGAUUGCUGUUAUUAGCUCUCUAGCUCCCCAAGAUCAAGCGGUGGCUACGGGUCUUUCCUACUUGUUCCGCGCUACUGGCAGUGUUAUGGGUAUUAGUCUUUCUCAAACGGCUACACUGACACUUGUAAUGAACAACCUAUCCAAGCAACUUGCUGAUAUUCCUGGAAAAGAAGACCUUAUUCAAUGUUUGCGUGAGAGUAUUAGCAUCAUUCCUGACCUCCCAGCAAACGUCCGUCGCCUCGUCGUUCAAUCUUAUGUGGAAGCAUUCACAGUUGCCUUUGCUAUUGUAUCUUUCUUUGCUUUUUUUGGCCUCAUUUUCUCUUUGAAAAUUCGUCAAUUCUACUUGCACACAUCAGUAGAUCGUAAGUAA